CGUCCUGUGCGUGGUGUACGAUCGAUCGUGUUUCUCAGCUGCCAGGUGAAGCAUGGCCAAAAGCUUGCGGAGUAAGUGGAAAAGGAAGAUGCGUGCGGAGAAGAGGAAGAAGAAUGUGCCCAGGGAGCUCAACAAACUUAAAAGCAUCCUCAGAGUUGACGGUGAUGCUCUAAUGAAAGACAUCAAAGAGAUAGCAACUGUGGUGGCACCCAAACAUGGCCAGGAGACGAUGCAGUGUGAGGAAGUGCAGCGUGACGGGGGUGAUGAUAAGGAUGACAUGAAAAUGGAAACUGAAAUUAAGAGAAACAAAAAGACUCUUUUAGACCAUCAUGGCCAGUACCCAGAAUGGAUGAACCAGAGGCAAAGAAAAAGACUGAAGGCCAAGAGAGAAAAGAAAUGGGGGAAAAGCAGAGCAAAGGCCAAGAAAGGCCUGGCCUGGUAGACCCGUAAAGACUGGAAAGGGAGCCAGGCAUGGUGGUGCACCCCUUUAAUCCCAGCACUCAGGAGACAGAAACAGGUGGAUCUCUGUGAGUUCGAGGCCAGCCUGGUCUACAGAGCAAUUCCAAGAUACCCAGGGCUCUUUUACACAGAGAAAUCCUGUCUUGAAAAAACAAGAAAACAGACAAAAAAAAAAAAAAAAAGCUAAUUGUUUUCAGUUUGGACUUAAUUCUGUAACUCAAAACCAAAAUAACUCGUUUGUGUUGAGAACUUGAAUAAAAUAUCUUUGGUGAU